AUGAGAGACCUUACAGGAAACCUUGCCAAUACCGGUGUUGUUAGUCGACAAAAUCUACUGGAUGAUGACAUAUCGUCGAAUUCAUCCUCUAUUGAAAUACAACAUGAAACGGCAGAAUCUGGUGUAAAUCCAUUCAUGGGUAGUGACGAAGAAGUUGGAGCUGAUGAUGUCCAGAAAAAGAUUGUGAGUACAGCGUCUUCAAUGCCAGAUUACAAAGGUUACUAUUCAAAGAAGAAUGGUGCUAGUGGUGGCUGGCAAGGUAGUGGUGGUAUAGCUAAAUCACCGCAGAAAUUAGGACCAGGCAAUAUUACUACGAAAAAACUGUCGACGAGCUCUGUUAACACUUUGUCCCCAAAUGACAUUUGGAAACCGCCUGAAUACGAUAGAUAUCCUCAAGUUAGUUCAAGAGUACUUUCAAUGCCCCCGACAGCACAACAACAAAAAGAACAACAAAACUCACCUGUGGGUUCAGCUUCAUCACUUUCUUCAAACCCAAAUCCGUUUUCAGGUGAACCUGAUUUUUCACCAUUUGGUGGUUAUCCAGCAUCCUCUUUCCCCCUAAUGAUGGAGGAAAAGGAAGAAGAUGAUUAUUUACAUAAUCCUGAUCCUGAGGAGGAAGCACGUUUAGAUCGUAGGAGAUUUGUUGAAGAUUUUAGACACAUGUCUAAAAGAUCGUUCGGUGGAUUGGCUGGUCUAAUCCUAUUACUAUUAGGUGCCGCUGCUGUGUUUGUUGUUUUACCAGCUUUGACCUUUACAGGAGCCACUAAGGGUGACUACCAUAACGUUGUUGACUUUAUAACCCCCUACAAGUAUCCACAGUUAUCUGCAAUUAGAACUGAUUUGGUCGAUAAAGAUACACCCGAGCAGUUCAAGACCAAAAAAGCAAUGGAUGGAUCUCUCUGGAAAUUGGCCUUUUCGGAUGAAUUUAAUGCUGAAGGUAGAACUUUUUACGAUGGCGAAGAUCAGUUUUGGACCGCGGUUGACUUAAACUAUGGCGGUACUAACGAUUUAGAAUGGUAUGACCCUGAUGCUGCUAUAACUAAGGAAGGUGCUCUGAGAAUCAGAAUGGACGCAUAUAAGAACCAUGAUCUGUACUACAGAUCUGCUAUGGUCCAGUCCUGGAAUAAGAUGUGUUUUACUCAGGGUAGAAUAGAAGCUUCUGCCAAUUUACCCAAUUACGGUAGCAUUCAAGGUUUAUGGCCGGGUAUGUGGACAAUGGGUAAUUUGGGUAGACCAGGCUAUUUGGCUUCCACUGAAGGUGUUUGGCCGUACUCUUAUGAAUCAUGUGAUGCUGGUAUUACGCCAAACCAAUCUUCCCCAGACGGUAUUUCUUAUCUACCUGGACAGAGGUUAAGCGCUUGUACUUGCGAUGAUGAAGAGCAUCCGAAUCAAGGUGUUGGUAGAGGUGCGCCUGAAAUUGAUAUGAUUGAAGGCGAAGUUGACACCAAGUUGAAGACUGGUGUUGCAUCUCAAUCGUUGCAGGUUGCGCCCUUCGACAUUUGGUAUAUUCCUGAUUACGAUUUUGUGGAAAUUUACAAUUUUUCUAUUUCUGCGAUGAACACCUAUUGUGGUGGUCCAUUCCAACAAGCUGUCUCGGCAACCACCACGCUACAUCCAGAUUGGUACGAAUUUGGUCCUACAGCUGGUAAAUUCCAAACUUAUGGGUUUGAACUUUUGAACGAUGACGAAAAUGGUUAUAUCCGUUGGUUUGUUGGUGAUAACCCAACAAUGACACUUCACGCCAAGGCCCUACAUCCUAGUGGUAACAUUGGGUGGAGAAGAAUGUCCAAGGAGCCUAUGACGAUCGUGCUGAACUUGGGUAUUUCCAACAAUUGGGCUUAUAUCGACUGGCAAAUGCUUUUCUUUCCGGUAACAAUGUCUAUUGACUUCGUUAGAAUCUAUCAACCUAACAGUUCAAUCUCGAUUACGUGCGACCCUCCUGACCACCCUACUUACGACUACAUUGAACAGCACAAAAAGGCCUAUUACGAUAAUAAUGCAACUUCCUGGGAAGAUGCCGGUUACAGUACUCCAAAGAAUAUUUUAACAGGUAAUUGUAAGAGUUCCAAAUAUAAAAAGAGUAAUAAUUAA